CACCGCGGGACGGGAGUCGGCGGGCCGCGCGGGAGGCGGUCUGGCAGCCCGCGAGCAGGGACGGCGUCCAGAACGGGCGCGCAGGCGUCUUCCCGCAACGCGGUGCGUGGCGGCCACAGACGGGGUGGCGGAUGUCCGCGUGCGACCGGAGGGAGGUGUUCAGGGUAUCAUGGCGGUCCGCAUGGUGAACGAUGUUGCUGCCCUUAGAGUGUCUGUGACGCCUCCGUCCCCCACCAACGGAGGCCCUGGCGCCGGGCGGAGGGCAGAGCUCUGACGUCUCACUGGCGAUGACAGGCAGUGGAUCUGCAGCGACCUCUGCACCCCAGUCAAAUCGCCCCCGGCCCAGACAGCCGGGGCGCCCGGUGCUCAUAGGAGCGCAUGUUUAUUUGACAGGAAAGGCCGGGCGGGCCCUGCGCCGUGUCUGUGCGGGUGGGCUGGAGGCAGUCUCUUCUCCGCGCCAGGGUCUAGAAGGGUCGCCCGUGGCUCCUGCAGCGGUGGAAGCUGCUCAGAAAGGGCGCCGCGGUCACGCCCGCUUCCUCCCGCAGGGUGGCUCUCCUUCGAGGGCAUGCUGCUCUUCUACACGGACUUCAUGGGCGAGGUGGUGUUCCAGGGGGACCCCAAGGCCCCGCACGCGUCCGAGGCAUACCAGAAGUACAACAGCGGCGUCGCCAUGGGCUGCUGGGGCAUGUGCAUCUACGCCUUCAGCGCCGCCUUCUACUCAGCCAUCCUGGAGAAGCUGGAGGAGUUCCUCAGUGUGCGCACGCUCUACUUCAUCGCCUAUCUCGCCUUCGGCCUGGGCACGGGGCUCGCCACCCUCUCCAGGAACCUCUACGUGGUCCUGUCGCUCUGCGUGACCUACGGGGUUUUGUUCUCCACGCUGUGCACCCUGCCCUACUCGCUGCUCUGCGACUACUACCAGAGCAAGAAGGUGAGCGCCGCCCUCCGCAUGGCUCCGGCCGCUUCCCGGAGAAGCCACUCGGGGAGAGAUACACGGUCUUGGGGACACACGGUCUCGGGGACAGCCACACAGUCCCGGGGAUGGCCACACGGUCCCAGGGAUGGCCACAUGGUCCUGGGGACGGCCACACAAUCUUGGGGAUGGCCACACGGUCUUGGGGACAGACACACUGUCCCGGGGAUGGCCACACGGUCUUGGGGACGGCCACACGGUCUUGGGGACAGCCACACGGUCCCGAGGACGGCCACACGGUCUUGGGGAAGGCCACACUGUCCUGGGGAUGGCCACACAGUCUUGGGGAAGGCCACACUGUCCCGAGGACGGCCACACGGUCUUGGGGAAGGCCACACUGUCCCGGGGACAGCCACACAGUCUUGGGGAAGGCCACACGGUCCCGGGGACGGCCACACAGUCUUGGGGAAGGCCACACUGUCCCGAGGACGGCCACACGGUCUUGGGGAAGGCCACACGGUCCCGGGGACGGCCACACGGUCUUGGGGACGGCCACACAGUCUCAGGGACGGCCACACGGUCUCAGGGACGGCCACACAGUCCCGGGGACAGACACACAGUCUCAGGGACGGCCACACG